CAGUACAUUCAGAACAGAUUCCUCACCGUGCUUCACUAUGGCUUUUAUUGCCUACUUUUUGACUAGAGUCGAUGUGUUAAUAUAUUUUGUAAUUUGUGUCGCACUGUUCAUCUACUGGAGGAAUGGAUCUAAGAAGAGCACGCCAAACAUGCCUCCUGGACCUACCCCUCUCCCUUUCAUUGGUAACAUUAACCUGUUGGACCUCAAUCGGCUACACAACUCAUUGAUGGAGCUGUCUGAGAAAUAUGGGGAAAUCUAUACUCUGCAUGUAGGACCCAGAAAAAUAGUGGUACUUUCUGGAUAUAAGGCUGUGAAGGAAGCACUUGUCACCCGAGCUGAAGAUUUUGGAGAAAGAGCAAAUACUCCAAUAUUUGACUUAGCCUUCAACAGACAUGGUGUAAUAUUUUCCAAUGGAGAACUAUGGAAAUCUAUGAGGAGGUUCACACUAUCAACACUUCGAGACUUUGGAAUGGGGAAGAAAUCCAUAGAAGCCAAAAUUCAAGAUGAAGUAAUUGCCCUUACAGAAAGCUUUAAAUCUCACAAUGGCACACAAUUCAAUCCACACCUGUUAGUAAACAGUGCAGUAUCCAAUGUAAUCUGCUCGAUUAUCUUUGGGAACAGGUUUGAGUAUGGUGACCCAACAUUUGGAAAAUUAAUCAGAUUGUUAGAUGAAAAUGCCAAACUGUUUGGUACACGCAAAGUGGUGCUGUCUGAGAAAUAUGGGGAAAUCUAUACUCUGCAUGUAGGACCCAGAAAAAUAGUGGUACUUUCUGGAUAUAAGGCUGUGAAGGAAGCACUUGUCACCCGAGCUGAAGAUUUUGGAGAAAGAGCAAAUACUCCAAUAUUUGACUUAGCCUUCAACAGACAUGGUGUAAUAUUUUCCAAUGGAGAACUAUGGAAAUCUAUGAGGAGGUUCACACUAUCAACACUUCGAGACUUUGGAAUGGGGAAGAAAUCCAUAGAAGCCAAAAUUCAAGAUGAAGUAAUUGCCCUUACAGAAAGCUUUAAAUCUCACAAUGGCACACAAUUCAAUCCACACCUGUUAGUAAACAGUGCAGUAUCCAAUGUAAUCUGCUCGAUUAUCUUUGGGAACAGGUUUGAGUAUGGUGACCCAACAUUUGGAAAAUUAAUCAGAUUGUUAGAUGAAAAUGCCAAACUGUUUGGUACACGCAAAGUGGUGCUGUCUGAGAAAUAUGGGGAAAUCUAUACUCUGCAUGUAGGACCCAGAAAAUUAGUGGUACUUUCUGGAUAUAAGGCUGUGAAGGAAGCACUUGUCACCCGAGCUGAAGAUUUUGGAGAAAGAGCAAAUACUCCAAUAUUUGACUUAGCAACAAACAGACAUGGUGUAAUAUUUUCCAAUGGAGAACUAUGGAAAUCUAUGAGGAGGUUCACACUAUCAACACUUCGAGACUUUGGAAUGGGGAAGAAAUCCGUAGAAGCCAAAAUUCAAGAUGAAGUAAUUGCCCUUACAGAAAGCUUUAAACCUCACAAUGGCAAACAAUUCAAUCCACACCUGUUAGUAAACAGUGCAGUAUCCAAUGUAAUCUGCUCGAUUAUCUUUGGGAACAGGUUUGAGUAUGGUGACCCAACAUUUGGAAAAUUAAUCAGAUUGUUAGAUGAAAAUGCCAAACUGUUUGGUACACGCAAACUGGUGCUUUAUAAUUAUUAUCCCUUCAUUGGAUCACUUCUGGGCCUGCACAACAAAAUAAUGCAGAACAUACAAAAUCUGAAAGAUUUUAUUCUAAACUUUGUAAAGAAACGAAGAGUAGAGUUCAGUGCCAAUGACAUCACCGGAUACAUCGAUGCAUAUCUUAUGAAACAGGAACAGGAAUCAACAAAAACUGAGACAUAUUUUGAUGAGGAGAAUCUGAUUUAUACAGUCCUGGAUCUUUUCGGCGCUGGUACUGAAACUACAUCUACAACGAUCCGCUGGGGAAUUUUGUUGAUGAUGAAGUACCCGGAGAUUCAAAAGAGGGUACAGGAUGAAAUUAAAACACAUCUUAAACCAGGACAGUUGCCGACAGUAGAAGAUAGAAAGAAAAUGCCUUAUACUGAUGCAGUGAUACAUGAACUACAAAGGUUUGCCAAUAUUGUUCCACUGAACCUGUCACACACGACUCCAACGGAUGUGUAUUUUCGGGGUUACUGCAUCCCAAAAGGUACAGAAGUUAUUCCAUUGCUGACAUCAGUUCUGUAUGACAAGACUCAAUGGAAAACUCCAUAUCAGUUUAAUCCCAAUCACUUUUUGGAUAAAGAUGGGAAAUUUGUCCGAAAUGAUGCAUUUAUGCCUUUUUCAGCAGGAAGAAGAGCUUGUGCUGGGGAAAGCUUAGCCAAGAUGGAACUUUUCCUGUUCUUUACUGGACUUCUUCAGGCAUUUACUUUCUAUCCACCACCAGGAGUUUCCAGAGAAGAUUUGAGCCUCGUUCCCAGCAUUGGAUUCACAUUGGUCCCCACACCAUACAAGACGUGUGCCAAGCUAAACUAUUAGUGCAUGCAGAACAAGCAAGACAACACAAAAGACUAUGCUGCUGUUGAUUAUAAUUUUCUAUCAGAUUUUAUGUAGUAGUUUUUUUAAUGUUAUUUUCACAUAUUUUAGGGUAAAACAGGUAUGUUAUUCAAUCAAACAAUGCCUACAAUUUAUAGUGGACUAGGGGCCAAUGAUAGUUAUGAACAUUUGUUUGCCCGACCAUUGCUGUGUAUAAUCAUGGUGCUGAUUACCCAACAAAUGUUUGGUCUUUUAUUGAGGGAACGACUCUUGUACGUGGCAUUAAAAAUGUAUAAACAGCGUAUGUGCUGCAGGCAAACUGAACCUGUAUGGGAUCGAACAAUGGUAUUUCCCAUUGUUUUUUCUCAUACUAACCAGACACCAGUUAUCAUAAUGUACCUUAAUCGGAAGUUGUUGUUUAGUUUCAGUGGCAUUGAUAGCUUUGCUAAAAUGUAUCUUCACCCAAAAAUAAAAACUGAAAUAUGUAAGAUCCCAGCAUGCCCUUUGCUUCUUAAAUAAAAUUAAUACAUACCGGUAAAUUCAGAAUACAUUGAGGCCCAUCUAUAAGCAUCUGUUAACCAAUAUAUGAUUAUAUAAAUCAGUUGACAAACGUUUAUGGGCAGGCAACAAUACACUGUGAAGCAAAAGAAGUAAGAAGUGUGUUUCUAGAUUGCUAUUCUUGUAUAAUUCUGUCUUCUAGAGUGUACUCACACUACAUUACAUGUACCACAAAUACUAUACGGAGUGCUGUCCAAUUCUAUUAGUUGAAAAAUAAAGACUUGACGGCGCUCUUGA